AUGGCGAGGAAGACGGAUAGGAGAGCUGGGGUUAUUGUGAAUGCGAGUGAGAGUAAGCAACAACAGCAGGAGAGGAAGGUUAAGAGUGUGAAUUUCAAUGGACCCCCAACUCGUGUCUUGUUGCUCACAAAUAUGGUUGGUCUUGGUGAGGUAGAUGAUGGUCUAGAAGGCGAGGUUGCAGAAGGGUGUACCCAGUACGGAACAGUAACUCGCAUCCUAAUUUUUGAGAUAACAGAACCAAAUUUCCCACCUGAUGAGGCAGUCAGAAUCUUUGUGCAGUAUGACACGUAUGACACGGUAGAAGAAGCAACUAAAGCUCUUAUUGAACUGGAAGGCCGUUUCUUUAAUCGUAGGAUCAUCCAUGUGUGUUUCUACGAUGAGGAAAGGUUCAACAAGAAUGAGUUGGCUCCAAUGCCAGGAGAAAUAUCUGGCUACUCUUGACAAAGUAGUAGGACAUUGUGAAUCAAAUUUUCCUCUUUUUUUAAUAUUCGGGUUCGAUAAGAAUAUGUUGGCCCCGAUGUUACAAUAUAUCACUGACUACCCUUUAAAAUUAGAAUAAUCGAGAUUGUAAAUCAGUUUGCCUGGUUUACUUGUUCAAUCACCAUCCUUUUACUCCCCAAACUGAUCACUGGUAUGUUUUGUGGCUUAAUUUUGGAGCUCUUUUAAGUUUGUCAAAUCGCGGUGCGCAGGAGAUUGAACUUCGG